GGACAGCCUAAACCCAAGCCGACUCCUGAAAACCCCGUUCCUCCGGUCUCCCACCACCAUCACCACCCCCUUCGUUUCCAUCCAAAACCGCAAACCAGAGCGCCUCUGCUUCACCGGGACUCGGAGAGAGUGAUGGCUCCGAAGAAAGCGAGAGUACGCAGGCUACCAAGAAAUACCGUGACUCUAGUGCUUGACGGGACCGAAGAGGAGGUGCUGAAAAAUUUCAGAGCUUGCCAAAGAUACUUCCGUUAUUGGAAUUUCUGCAGGGGUGGCUUUAGAGUGAGAGUUGGCAAUAGGCUCAUAUACACGACUCCUCUUCAUGGUACAUUUUACUAUGUCGUGCGCUAUCGGGGCAGAAACCUGGUAUUCGUGAUAGUGGCUAGACAGUAUUGGCUCAUUGGAUUCUUUAGUGAGAAUGGUUUCUAUCAGAUGAUUUUUGAAGGUCAAAGUGUUGAUUCUGUCUACAUGAACAGCAUAAAGGGGACAGUGAUUAUACCUUUCAGUGCCAAUCACAGCGACAUUUCUCCGAAGGGAGUGGAGAGAACUAGAUUGGACAUACAUGCAGUGCGGUCUGGAUUUGACUCUAUCCAUUCUUAUCGAGGACCUAGCCAUGCUCUGCCCGAGGGGUUUCCAGCUGCAGUUGGGCGAAUUGCAGUUCUCAUCAUGGAAACUAAGUUUAGAGAGAUCAACGAGAAAUGUGAGCAAGCCCUAGUUGGGUAUGCACAGACAAGACUUGGGGAUGACAUGAAAAAUCUAGUGGUCAAUUGGUCCGCCUUGUGCAAAAUUGUGAUGGAUGGUAUCAUAAAGAAGCAUCAUGCAGCAGAGGACAUAGCUCAAAUAAGGCGCCUUUUAGCACAGAUUCUCAUUUAUCAGGUCGAUGCAGUGACCACUGGUUUGUUUGCCCAUGAACCGCUCCCUCCCGAGCCUAGGACAGAAGUGUGGGAGCCCAUUGAUGAGCAGUACAUCGACGGGGGCGAGGCAGACAGCGUCGUGCCCAACUUUGAUACCCCGCCACCACUACCAGCCCCAAGGAAUAUUGCUAAACGUGGUAUAAAAAGAGGGAUCAGCCAAAUGAAAUACCCUGAAGAGAAAAAUACUAGAAAAGGAUUGAGGGGAGGAGGAGCUGGAGGUUUGCCGCACGUACCGCAUUGGUUUGCCUCUUGGAAUCAGGAAAAGGAAGACAAAAAGGAGUGUGACAUGUUGGUAGCGGGAGCUAGAGAACUUGGGCUGAUAAUUUCUGAGGUGGGCCCAUUGCUUGUGACAAAAUACACAGAAAAGAAAUCAGAGCAAGGAGCUGAAGUGCCGCUGACCAUGGAUAUCAUUUCCAACUCUGAUGUUCUUGACCUUCGGAAUGGUGAUUUCUUAUCCGAUGAGGUGAUCAGCCAUUACUUCAACCAGUUAUCUUCUAGAUUAGACAGCGAUGAGAUUCUUCUCAUUGACGCAGCGUUGGCAAUCGCAUACGCCCAAGACUCUAGCUCUAUCGAUCCAGAGCACCUCAAAGACCGGCGCAUUGUGGUCUUGCCCGUGAAUGACACUGCGGAGUUUGGAUAUGCUGACCGUGGUUCACAUUGGUCAGUGCUUGUUAUUGAUGCCACAUCUGAAGGACCGCCACGAUUUAUCCACCAUGAUUCCUCUGAUGGACACAACGUACCGGCUGCACUGAAAAUUGCAGAAAAACUGCGCACAAUCUUUCCUGCAGCACAAGAUGUUGAGGAUGUGCAGACACCAAGGCAACAAAAUGGCUCUGAUUGCGCUGUUUAUGUUAUGGCCAUAGCAAGGUCCGUCACUAGAUGGUGGAGAAGAAGAGAAUUUGAGGAUGAUUGGAUGAACAUGAUGUGGAAUGAGGUGAAUGCCAAGAAUGUCCAUACCAUGAGGCAACAGUUGGCUGAACUGCUCGAAAAAGAACAAAUAGAGAAACAAACCAACAAGCCAAACUCUGAUCUUGUUGACCUUCAAACUGGCAGUUUCAUAUCCGAUACCGUUAUCAGCAACUACUUCACUGAAUUAUCUUCUAGGUUAGACAGCGAUGAGGUUCUUCUUGUUGAUGCACCGUCGGCUAUCGCGUAUGCCCAAGACUCCACCUCUAUCAAUCCAGAGCACCUCAGAGACCGGCGCAUUGUGGUCUUGCCCGUGAAUGACACUGCAGAGUUUGGAUAUGCUGACCUUGGUUCACAUUGGUCAGUGCUUGUUAUUGACGCCACAUCUGAAGGACCGCCACGCUUUAUCCACCACGAUUCCUCUGAUGGACACAACCUACCCGCUGCACUGAACCUUGCAAAAAACAUGCGAACAAUCUUUCCUGGGGCACAAGAAGUCGAGGAUGUGCAGACACCGAGGCAAGAAAAUGGCUCUGAUUGCGCUGUUUAUGUUAUGGCCAUAGCAAGAUCUACAUGGUGGAGAAGAAGACCAACCGAGGAGGAUUGGAUGAACAUAGUGUGGAAUGAGGUGAAUGCCGAGAACGUCCGUGCCAUGAGGCAACAGCUUGCUGAACAGCUCGAGAAGGAUCAACAAGAUAAAGAAACCAAGAACGCCGAGUGCAAGAAAGAUAGAGCCGAGGACUGAAUUUGCCAAAAAGAAAGCCGAGGACUGAUUGAGCAUAACCGGAUUCAUGAAACCCUUUUUGUGACUUUGGUAGUAGAAAGGGGACUCCUACUGGAGAAAGGUGCUUAUAUACAACAAGCUAUCCAGAAUUUCAGGGAAGACAACUCUUUCUGGAACGACAGCUACUAAGAAACAUGAAUCUGCAAGACAUGCCCUUACAUCCACAAGCUUUAGGUGUCAUCAGAACAUCGAAACAGUUUUGCACUUUAGAUUUCCGUUUUGAUGUUUUUGUCUGUUACAAGUAAUCUAGUUUCGAAAGAGUGUUGUGACCUAAUUCUUCAAUGCUUUGAAUUAGGCCAGCUCAGUGAAGCGGUUCUGAUGGAGUAAAUCUUGACGAAUGAAAAAUUGACAGACAAAUUAAAUUCA